AUGGUUUCUAAACCUUUUUCAAGGCCAUACUCAAAUACGUACAAUGCUGGAUGGAGGAAUCAUCCAAACUUCAGUUGGAGAGGUGAGCACAACAAUGUUCCUGUUGCACCUAUAGUAGGACCAGCAAAUUUUGCAGCAUAUGGAGCUCAUCCUGGUCCAUCUUAUGUUCCCCAUCCAAGUCAAAGUUCUCAGUUCAGUACACAACCAGCUCAAACACCUAAAAAGGGACUUGAAGAUACAGUCCAGCAGUUGAGUGUGACACUUCAACAAUUCAUGCAAGGUCAAGCAACACUUAACAACCAGAAUUUAUUAGCAAUUACUGACAUAAGGAUUUCCCUCACAAGGCUGACUACAUCUUUAAGUACUCAAGAGAAGGGUACAUUUCCUGCACAAUCACAACCAAAUCCACAAGGGCAACAUCAUCAAGUGCAAGUUAGGAUUAACAUCCCUUUAUUAGAUGUUAUUCAGCAAAUUCCUACCUAUGCAAAAUUUCUUAAGGACUUAUGCACUGUGAAAAGAAGAUUAAAUGUGCACAAAAAAGAUUUUCUUACUGAGCAGGUUAGUGCUAUCAUUCAAAGUAAUACACCACAUAAAUACAAGGACCCUGGAGCACCUACAAUUGCUUGUGUGAUAGGAAAUUCAAAAAUUGGUCAUGCUUUGUUGGAUCUUGGUUCAAGUGUCAAUUUAUUGCCUUAUACUGUGUAUGAACAGCUUGGUUUAGGUGAACUGAAAUCCACACCUAUCAUUUUGCAACUUGCUGAUAGAUCUAUAAAAAUGCCUAGGGGUAUAGUUGAGGAUGUUUUGGUACAAGUUGAUAAAUUUUACUAUCAUGUGGAUUUUGUGGUGCUUGAUAUGAAAUUGUCAACUCCAUCUACUUUCCAAGCUCCUGUAAUUCUUGGAACUGGACAUGGUGUGCUUUGGCAACCAAAGUUUGAUGAGUUGCCACCUUUGACAGCACCUAUAAAGCCAUCUUCAGAUGUGAUUCCAGAUUUGGACCUCAAACCUCUUUCAGCUGGAUUUAAAUAA